ACGAAGACGUGGCGCGAGGUGGCGCCUAUGCAUGAACGCAGACGCAACUUAGCUGUGGCAGUUCUGGGAGAGAUGGUUUACGCCAUGGGUGGUUGUGUUUAUGGUCAGCAACACGAAACGGCGGAGCGAUACGACUACAGGACGAACCAGUGGUCUUUUAUCGCUCCUAUGAACUCGCAGCGGUGGAACACAAGUGCGGCUGUGCUAAAUGACAAAAUAUACGUCGCUGGUGGAUAUUCUAAAUUUUAUAAUUAUUUGAACACUGUGGAAGUGUAUGACCCAGUCACCAACCAAUGGACGUUCGUUGCGAAAUUGCGUUUUGAACGUGUAGGUAAUUCUUGUGUCGUCUUCCACGGCAGUCUGUACGUCCUAGGAGGAUGUUAUAAUGCGCGAGACAAUCUCAGCACCGAAAAGUAUGACCCAGAAAAAGACACGUGGACCGAGAUGCCUGAUAAGUGCGUCUCACGUGGCUACUCAGAAGCAGAAGUGAUCGACGAUAUGAUGUUUGUCAUCGGUGAAGAUCAAGACGUGGACACUAACUUCAGUGCCAGAUGUUUCGAUGACAAGAAAAAUGAAUGGUACCAGGCGACAAAAUGCAAUGUUUGCAGAUACGGGAUGUCGAUAUCUGUCGUCAAGAACCUACCGAAUGCAAAAGAUUACGCCUACAAACACAGGGACAAAUUGAUGGAGGAGAAACGUAAGAAAAUGUUGGCUUUGGGAAACUCGGCGGAAGCAAGCCAUUGAUUACAGCUUCUACGAACACAUUAUUUUUGAUUACGUUCCUCUAGAAAAUAGUGAAUAAUAGUGGGAUUUUAUGCAAUAGCAAAGAAGGGAAAUAAAGAGAAUUAUUUUAUGCAGCAAAGAACGAAAAAUUAUUUGUCCUCGUUAUUUUCUGCUCAAGAAGUCUUAUUGACACUAAAUUAUUUUAAAGGCGUUUCAAUGUAUCCAAAAUAAUAUUAUCCAUGAACACAUAGCAGUUUGACUUUGUGUCUUGUACUAAAUCCAUUUGAGGUUUCAAUUUUCGAGUUACGAAAGCGCCUUCAUUGUAUUAGGGUAAGUGGGGGGAAAUGCGUCACCUUAAGGGAAAAUGAAAUUUUGUUGCUUCAUGAACAUCGUUUACAGAAACUUCAUUACAAAGGCAACACACGUCAAUUUUGUAUUAAUUUCUUAUCUACGUGUGAUUUUAAAAAAAUUGCGAAAGUGCAUUUGGCUGAGUUGCCCCGAUAUACCGGGAAAUUCUGUCAUCUUUCUGAGGAAUUACGCCCUUAACAAAUGCCGUAUAGACAAAGACGAUCCUUUCAGUUAACAGAUGUAUUUAUUUAUUCAUGGUAUUUAAUACGAUACUCUUAAGUACUUGAUGUAUAAGUACAGAAUAUUAUCACAAAAUACACAAAAAUAUGAACUUCAAUUUAGUUUAGACACAUAAAGAGUAAAAGAAAAUGUGACAUCUGUAAUGAAAUGGGGUACUCAUAGCAUGUUUCCGAGAUGCAGUCAAAUUCUGUAUCAGCUUAACAGAUCAUACGCCAGGGCUCAAAAAUCUUUAUGCCGACACACUGCCUGGCACUCGGGCAAUACCGCACAAUAAAGAACCAUUACCUCAGACGUUGUUAACGUAACACAUUAUUUAUUCCCGCCCGAGCCCAGUAUGUAACAAGACUGCAUAAUCAGAGAAAUAGAUAUGCACAUUUGUACUUUCAAAUGUUAUCGUCUAACGAAUGUCCAUAACAAUGAUCGGCUGGUUAAUGCCAUGUAGGGAAGUUAUCUCUUUUUGUUCUGAGAAUCUACAAAACCCAUAAUUACACAUUGUGAUUGUUAAUGCAGGCUUUCCUUUCUGUUAACACUGAGUUUUAAGAAUGUAAACUCUUUAAAACAAUCAGUAUCACCUUGACUCAAUGUCAUUAUGGAGGCGAGCGAUCUUCAUUAGCAGAAAGUUAUUACUACGUAACUAAACAUUAGUUAAGUACUGUUCUCAUUUUCCAAAACCAUGUUGAGUGUGGCCUUUGUCACAAUGGUGUUUCACAUCCUGAGAAU